AGUCGGGAAGGCGGCGGGCGGGUGCGGCCCUCGGUGGCGGAGGGCGCCAUGGUCGGUGGCGAGGCGGCCGCCGCGGUGGAGGAGUUGGUUUCGGGGGUGCGGCAGGCGGCCGACUUCGCGGAGCAGUUCCGCUCCUACUCGGAGAGCGAGAAGCAAUGGAAGGCUCGCAUGGAAUUCAUCCUGCGCCACUUGCCCGACUACCGCGACCCGCCCGAUGGCGGUGGCCGCCUGGACCAGCUGCUGUCCCUCUCCAUGGUGUGGGCCAACCACCUCUUCCUGGGUUGCAGUUACAACAAAGACCUUUUAGACAAAGUGAUGGAAAUGGCUGAUGGGAUUGAAGUGGACGACCUGCCACAAUUUACUACCAGAAGUGAAUUAAUGAAAAAGCAUCAAAGCUAAGGCAGAAGAUUCAUCACAUUUUCAACAUCAGCUUAGGAAGGAGGCUUGGAUGAAUGUGACAUUGACCACAGCAGCUCUCUUAAGAUUCCUGGUAUUUCAACCUGUAGAAAAUCAAGAGGCAGUUGGAAUGACAGAUAGUCUUGUCUAGAUUGGAGUUUUAAAAGGUCUCAUUCUUCCAAAAGCUAUCAUUCUAAAAGUGUGCAUGGAUAUUUAUGUAUUUAUAAAUCAUGCCUUUUUUAUUUUUCCUUUUUGAAUGUCAAACUUUUUGUUAAAAAUGCCUAUUUUUUUUAUGUUGAUGUAAUAAUUACAGGUAAUGAAUUUUACAAUUUGGAUUUUUCAACAAUCUAUCUUCAAGUCUGAUUCUGUUUUAUGGUGUUUUUCUCCCCACUGAGGCAGACCAGCCUUUAUUUCCUUAUUUCUUUCUCAAGUUUAUGCCAUCUUUAUGGCCAUUGCCACACACACUUCUUUUAUUAAGAGAUGAGAGAGAAUCAAAUCACAGGCCUCAAGUACCUACCAACUUAUAGGAAGAGGCAGCUUCUGAAAGGGCAUCUGGCCUUUAAAACUGACAUCAGAUGCCACAGCUAGGUCCAGGCAGCCAGUUGAUUUAUAGACUCUCUAGAAGGUCACCUAGGCUGCUAAGUAAAACCCACAUUUUCUUUUUUGGAGGGAGCCUGAGGGUUUUGGUUUUGUAGACUUGUGGAUUGCCUUGCACAUAUCCCCUGAAGAAGUACUUGUUUAGUGCAAUGCUCUUUUGCUCUGAAAUUCUCAUAUUAAUUUCCCUCUUUUAGUUAAUGUAUCUGCUCCAUUUUAUUUACUUAUGGUUUUAUUUUUAAGUAAUCUCUACACCCAACAUAGUGCUUGAACUCAGAACCCUGAGAUGAAGAGUUGCCUGCUCUACCAGCUGAGCCAGCCAGGUGCCCUCUCUUUUUUAUUUAAUACCCACAAUUAAAGACUUACCUCCAGGCAUAAAUCCUAUACUUGAUCUUAGCCAAAAGGCUGAGAAGCAAUAUCCAGGGAUAAAUCCUGAGAGAGGGACUUCAUUUGGGGUCAGCAAUAUAACAGUCACAGAAGGAUUCACUCAUCACUGAGCUUGGUAUUCGGAUAAUGGUGAAAAAGACAGUGAACCCUCUCUUAGCUUAACCUACUGGUAAAUUCAGGUAAUUAAAAACCCAGAAUGCAGAAGAGAGAUGGCUGUGGGAGACAGAAAUGGGAAGACUCACUACUCAAGGCUAAUCAUCACAUCUUUGAUGGACCACAUCUCUAUGCAGCUCUGGCUCUAAUCUGUAGCCGUCACUAAGGUGGACCAGGUAAGGUCAAGACCUCCAAUAUAACCUUGAACCAGCCAUGUCUCUCCCUAGCCUUACCUGGGAAAUGGAGAGCAUCGAAAUCCCUACCAGAGAGAUGUGGCAGAGAUGAAGAUGUCGCAGAGCUAAACCACUGCUCAGUGAGCCUCAGCCUCUUCCUCAAAUAUAGCCUACCCUCGUUCUUUUCUGCUUACCUGUACAAAUUUGUGACGCUUAAAAACCAAAUUUUGAAGUGGGAAAUACCAGAGGGAAGCUCUUCACUUAAAUGCAUCUUUCACCAGUUUCUCAUCAUGGAUCCCAUUUUUACUGUAAGAUAUAAUGCCCCAGUAAAAUAGUGCUAUCCUGUCAGGAACGUAUCCACUGCAUAAACCAAGCUUAAACUGUGCACGGAUUCCAUGCUCCCCUCUCCCAAUCUUCAGUUUAUUUUUCAAGAUUCUCCAGUUACCCAAAAUUAAAUUUUCUGAUAACCAUUU